AUGGCUAUCAGAGAUAUCGUUUCCGACCCCUCCUUGCUGCCCGUCCUCACUACUGCUGCCGAGACGCGGGAUCACUGCCAGAAGCUGCUAUCGUUGUUGGACCCCUCUCUCUCGCGGGAGGAGAUCUCUGAAUUCCCCCCAAAUGUCCAGAAGCAUCUCUUCGCCCUCCUCGCCCAGCUGAGGGGUCAGAACCGUGAUGCCAUUUUCCGGGUGCGAGAGACGAAACAGCGCACGGCAGAAGCUCGACAGGAAAUCGAUCGCCUUCACCUUCAGCUGCAAAACUUGUACUAUGAGCAGCGGCAUUUGACGGGGGAGAUUGCUGCUUGCGAGUCUUAUGACCACAAAUACCGUUCUCUACCUUUAAUCCCCCUCGAGGAGUUUCUCGAGCUUCACCCAGAGCACCGCGAGUCCGAUGAGCACGAACUGAUGAUUGCGCGCAUCAACCACGAGCAUGCUGAACGAGAAAAGUUGGAACAAGCCCGCCAGGAGCUACUCAAGCGCAAGCAGGCCUUGAUUACUGAGAAUAACAAACGGAAAGAGGACCUGGCUAGUCUCGAUCAAGACCUGGAAAGGUUUAUUGAUGUAGGCAAAUCCGAAACAAAGCAUGCCCUGGUCAUGACCGCAAAGAACGAAGACCCAGGGUCUUCCCGGACUACCAUGGCCUCCACCAUCUCCGCUUCGCGUCUCCUUCCCCCGGAGAGCCCCAGCGCCAUACAGACACGAACCAAGGUUAUUGCAGCGUUCUGGGCGGUGAUUCUCUUCCUUGGAUUUCCGAUAUGGUGGCAGACCACUUCUAUCCAUCGUGCUACGCUGCCUAUUCAGGAUAUGAUGGAGUGGGCUGGUGGAAAGUGCCGCCCUGUAUUCCCUGUUGAAAUUCGAUUUGAUACCCCAUCCUUACCGGAACCCGAAGCGCAGCAACUGCUCCGCACCAUCCAGCAUACCCUGGAUGAUUUGAAUGAGUUCUCCGCACAUCAUCUGCGUUUGAAGCUGUCGGAUGAAGACGAAUUCGGCCAACCAACUGAGAAAGCUGAUACAGCUCUAACAGUGCGUCUCCUGGCGCAAGACGACCUGUCGAGCCCCCGAUCAGAGCUUCACAGCGACACGACACUACUCAAUAUAUUCUAUCCCCCGAGCCAGAUUCCGCCUCCGCCCUCGUCAAAUUCGCCCCUCUCGUCGUUCAUCGCUGGAGAGCUCCAACGUCUGUUUGCCGAAGAGAAAGCAAUUAUGGCACAUAUCCUGUCUGGCAGCGCCCUAGGAGCCAAUACCAAUCCUGCUGGGUCUUCCAACCACCAAGCGAAACAGCAAAUUCCCCCGCAGCUCGCAGAGAGCAUCAUCACGCGACGGUUGAGGCGCUCCAUGAAAUAUGCCGAAACCUAUCACCUGGCGUUCUCUCUCUUCACCCCUGGGCCUGCUCCGUCCUCCUGGGAUGUCCAAUCCGCAGUUCAGGAAUACAUCGCCCCGCUCUUGCAGGCCCUCCACCCCAUCAGCAACUUCACCGUCGACACCCAAGUCCAGCUCUACGCAACCUUCUCCCCCACGGCACCUCUCCCCGAAUACGACGAAGCCCAGGCUCUCUGGACCCUGAAAGAAGAAGAUCUCAGUGCCUUCAUCAACGCUGCUGAAUGGCCACUCAGCCCCAGCAUCGGCAGCGGCCCAACCAUCAACUUCAUCCUCUACGUCCCAGCCCCAUCUCAAUCCCCCCUCGUCGUCAAAGAAAGCAAGGCCACCAGCUGGAUCAUUCCGCAAUGGGGCGGCGUCUUCCUCCUCAACCCACCCCUCCCCGCAACCACGGACGUCCCCCCUUCAAACCCUCCCCAUCUCACCAACGAGGCCCUCGGCCCAGCUUUCUUAACAUUCUCCCACCAGCUCCUCAACCUCCUGGGCACCCCUUCAACACCCACCUCCCUCCCCUUCCGGCUCCAAACCCUCAUCCGCAUCCGCGCCGCCACCCUCCUACUCUCCGCCUCCUCAACAAUGGGCUCCCUCGCCCGUCUCACCGAAUCUCUCCCUUCCAUCCCCAUCCCCGCAACGGUCGCCUCCUCUGUCUCGACCACGCUCUCCCAUCUCAGCUCCGCAUGCGAACAUCUCCGGAACGGGCGCUUCCAGGAUGCGUUGGCGAGUGCUCGUGUCGCAGAAACAGCGGCCGAACGCGGGUUCUUUGAAAAGAGCAUGGUCGGUCAGGUUUAUUUCCCUGAUGAGCACAAAGUCGCCGUUUAUCUACCGCUGUUGGGGCCUAUCGGGGUUCCCUUGGUCCUAGGGUUAUUGAAGGAAAUUAAGAGGGUGAUUGCCGGGUGGAAGGCGAGGAAGUCCACGAGUACAGCUACUUCUUCUUCUUCUUCAUCAUCGUCGUCAUGA